CAUCAUUACUUGUACAUGGAUGGCCCUUUGUUUGAAACGCAGUUCUAAGAUGCUGAAAACAAGGUGAUGACGGAUGAUGACUAUAUAAAACGGUUUGAAGGUGGUGUAAUAUUUUCAGUUGUUAACGACCAUACGCGGCGCAGCGCCUACCAGAAAGGAUUUUUUUAUUUUCACACUUUAAGUCACAGGAACUUUAACUGCAACGAAAGGAAAAUGUCACUUCACACCUUCAUCCUGGCCCUUUUCUUGACCGUGGUCAUUCUCGGUGCGUCGACGACGUCAGCGAUCACCGACCCCGAGAGAGACGCUGACUGGGGGUGGUAUAAUCGCGGAAUGGGAGUGAGGUUCAUUGACGAUCUCGCAAAGCGGGGCAACGGACUAGGCAGUGGACGAUACGUUCGAUGCAUCAAGAAGGGCACCGAUCAACGUUGUUUUUGUGACAUGGUGAGGAGUCCAAGAGAUCCAGGAUAUUACGUUGCCUGCUCUAAGUUCUCUCUAGAUCCAGAGGAAGAGUGAUUCUCCAUUUUACCGCAGUAAUAAAUCUUUAAUAAAACCAUUAAGACAUUGUUUGGAUUGUUACGAAGUGGUCCGAGAUGGACAUGAACGUUGAUGGCGCUUUUCUAUCAAACUUC